AAAUCCCUUUGUUCUACUGUUUGUUUGACAGAGAGAAAGAAGGUGAAGUAAGCUUUGAUCUAAGCUUUCUCCAUUUCAAUGGCGACAAUCAAUGGCUUGACCUCACCACAGCCCUUUCUCUCUCUGCCAAAACCCAACGCAAAGCCCUUUCUCUCUCUAUCAAAGCCCUUAAAGUCUCAAUUCUUAUUCAGAGGUCUUAAACAGCAGAAUCAGCAGUUGAGGGAUUUGGCUGUAGUGGGUUCGGUAGCCAACGAAACCGACGUGAUUCCGAUCCAAAGUACCGACAGUACGGACCAGCAAAACGGCGUCGUAAUUGGAUUAGAAAGAGAGCCGGAAUUAAGCGGAGAGAUGGAUAUAGUAAAUCAGGUAGUGGGUGGGUUCGGAAAUGAAGGGAGGUUGUCGUUUGAAGGUGCUGGUGGGUUUUCUUCGGCAAGUGGUGUUGUUGGGUCAGAAAAUGAAGAGGAGGAUGUGGAGAAACUUAUUGAUAGAGCUAUUAAUGCAGCUAUUGUUUUAGCUGCUGGAUCUUUUGCUAUCACUAAAUUGCUCACAAUUGACCAUGAUUACUGGCAUGGAUGGACCUUAUUUGAGAUAUUGAGAUAUGCACCUCAGCACAACUGGGUUGCAUAUGAGGAAGCCCUUAAAAGAAAUCCAGUUUUGGCUAAAAUGGUCAUCAGUGGAGUGGUUUAUUCUGUUGGGGAUUGGAUUGCACAGUGCUAUGAAGGGAAGCCUCUUUUUGACAUUGAUCGUGCACGUAUGUUGAGAUCAGGCUUAGUUGGAUUCACGCUACAUGGAUCCCUCUCUCAUUAUUAUUAUCAGUUCUGUGAGGCACUGUUUCCUUUCGAAGAUUGGUGGGUGGUUCCUGUCAAGGUUGCCUUUGAUCAAACUGUUUGGUCAGCAGUUUGGAACAGCAUUUACUACACAGUUUUGGGAAUUUUACGUCUUGAAUCCCCUCUUGCCAUUUUCAGUGAAUUGAAGGCUACAUUCUUUCCAAUGUUGACUGCUGGUUGGAAGCUGUGGCCAUUUGCUCAUCUAAUUACGUACGGUGUAGUCCCGGUUGAACAAAGGCUUCUUUGGGUUGACUGUGUAGAACUCAUUUGGGUGACAAUACUCUCAACUUAUUCAAAUGAGAAAUCAGAAUCUAGAGUCUCUGAGGUGAUCGUAGAAACAGAGGCGCAACCUCCCUCAAUAGGUCCACCACAGGUGUGUGAAAUAACUUCUUACUCGCAAGAUGUGGAUGUACGAUGAAGUCAGUAUUGACGUACUGCCUUAAUUUGAUGCGUGCUGUAGGAGUAAAUAAAUGGAAGAGCAAAGACACGACAAAGAUUCGAGGAAAUGUAUAGCUUUGAGGUGAUAUAGCCGCAGAUACUUGCUUGACCGUACUCUCAGAAAACAUCCUCCGAGAUACUCGUUUAUGAUUUGUGCAUACUGCACGCUGCUCUCCUUCCUCCGUGUAUGUACACAAAUUCUUUUGUAGUAACUGUAAAAUAGUGAAAUCUCGAACUCUAAUGUUCCUGUUGAAGUUUCAACAGAAACUUCCAUAAUAGAAGUAUAGCUUAUAACAUAA